AUGCCUCAAUACACAGAUUCAGAGUUUUGGGAUAAGUUUGUCAUUGCCUAUAUAUCUAUACGUUUAAUUCUAUUAGCAUUUAGAAUAAUUGAUCAACUAUCAUACCUAUUUACAAUUCCGAGAUCUGGUACUGGUUCUUGGGCAUGGUUUUUCGGUGUGAUCGGAACUUACUUUUUAUUUCUGGAGUGGAUGUAUAUCGGUUGUUUUUGGAUUCAGCUUAUAUACACCUAUUUCGUAUCGGAAUCAAUCAAUCUCAAGAACAGUAGGAGAUGUUGGAUCACUUGUUUGGUGUUAGCAACACUUUUAGCGUUGUGGGACAUUGGUUUGUUGAUUGGCGGUAUGAUCAAUCCAGCGUCGGCAGACAAGUUCUAUCGUGUCGGUUUCAUUGUCACCUUGAUUCUGCUUGGUCUCUCCAUUCUUGGUCACGGCAUCAUUUUGGCCUAUCACCUAAAGACACAAAAGAGUCGUAUUCCAGGACUUGACCAUAGGGUCUCGCAUGAGACAAGAGUUGGCAAUAUCCAGAACAAAAAGAAUGGCUCACCUAUCGACAGAGAGUUCAGUAGCAACAGCUCAGUGGUGUCAAGCAGUAGUUCAUCGCCUGAGAAGAUCAAACAUGCUGCAGAAGUUGGCAAUCUUGCAAAUGAGAUCAACUUUGAGAUACUCGAUUCCGGUACCAUUGACAGAGAAGAUAUAGAAGAAACAUAG